AUGGUGCAUCUCUCUGCACUGAGAUCUGUCUUACUUUGUAUUUUGUGUGUCUAUAUUGGUGUAUCUAUAUUGGUGUAUCUAUUUUGGUUUCUCUAUCUAUCUAUCUAUCUAUCUAUCUAUCUAUCUAUCUAUCUAUCUAUCUGUGUGUGGCUCUAUAGCGAUAUGUCUGUCUCCAUGUGCAUCAUUUUGCUCUAUUCAGUGUCUAACCUUCACUCUCACGCACUUCAUCUUUCUCUCUAUUUCUCUUUGCCACUUUCUCUUUCCCUCUCUCUUUUUCAUUUUUCCUUUCUGUCUCUUGCUUUCUCUUUUUCACUUUUCUUUUUUGCUCGAUGUUUUCUCUCUCUUUUUUUCCUUCGCCCCCUCUCUUUGUUUCCUUCGAGUUUUCUUUAUUUGGCUCCUUCUUUAUAUCUUCCUUUCUUUCAACCUCUCGGUUUCUCAAUGUCUCACCUUCUCAUUUCCUAUCUCGCUUUCUCUUUCACCCCUUUCUCUCUCGUUUUCCCUUUCACCCCUUUCUCUCUCGCUUUCCCUUUCACCCCUUUCUCUCUCGCUUUCCCUUUCUCCUCUUCUUUCAUUAAAUCUUUACCCUGGUUUUCUCCUAUGCCAUUUAUUUAUUUAUUUCCUUCUUUCUUUCUUUAUGUAUUUCCUACUUUCUUUCUUUCUUUCUUCGCCCUCUCUCAAACUUCUUUUUUCUAUUUGUCCCUCAUCUUUUCAUAG